ACAGAGUUUGAAAAGAUUUUUUUUUUUUUUUAAAUUGUUGAAUGGCCAUGGAUGCAAAUGGGGUUCUUUCUUUUUCAGAUGAUUUGGUGUUUAAGCAGAAGAAGGAGGAAGUUUUCAACAAUGGUUGCUCUCAUAAUCUGCAUGUUAUUUCAGUUGAAGAUCAAAACUUAGAUGAAGAAGAUGACUCCAUUAAAAUUAAUGGUGAUGGAGAUGCUCUCAACCAUCCAACCAUUCCUGGUUGGUUUUCAGAGCACUGCCCACAAUGGCCAGAUGAUUUGGUGUUUAAGCAGAAGAAAAAGGAAGUUUUCAACCAUGGCAGCUCUCACAAUCUGCAUGUUAUUGCAGUUGAAGAAAAAAAAGAUGAAGAAGAUGACUCCAUUAAAAUUAAUGGUGAUGCAGAUGCUCUCAACCAUCCAACCAUUCCUGGUUGGUUUUCUGAGCACUGCCCACAAUGGCCAGGUCAAGCACACUUCUUAAAGGUGGACAAAGUUUUGUUUCAAGGAAAGUCUGAUUAUCAAUCCAUGUUGGUGUUUCAGUCAUCAGCAUAUGGAAAGGUGUUUGUGUUGGAUGGAGCACUCCAACUCACUGAGAAGGAUGAAUGUGCUUACCAAGAAAUGAUUACCCACCUUCCUCUUUGCUCUAUUCCUAACCCCAAAAAGGUUUUGUUGAUUGGGGGAGGAGAUGGUGGCAUUCUAAGAGAAAUUUCUAGGCAUUCUUCCAUUGAACAAAUUGAUAUUUGUGAAAUUGACACCAUGCUCAUUGAUGUGUACAAGAAGUAUUUUCCAGAAAUUGCUGUUGGAUAUAAAGAUUAUCGAGUGAAUCUUCAUAUAAUAGAUGGAAUUGCGUUUCUGAAUUCUGUUCCAGCUGGAACCUACGAUGCAAUCAUAGUCGACGCUUUCGACCCAAUAAAGCCAGAUGAUGAGGUUGUGAAAAAUGGCUUGUUUGAGAAGGUGGCAAAAGCACUUAGAGACGGAGGGGUGCUUUGUAUUCAAGCAGAAAGCCUUUGGUUUCAUUCUCUUGACAUUGAAAUUUUGGUCUCAAAAUGCCAACAAGUAUUCAAAGGCUCAGUUCAAUAUGCUUGGACCAUUGUUCCUACUUAUCCCAGUGGGGUAAUUGGUUUCUUGUUGUGUUCGACUCAAGGACCUAAAGUUGACUUCAAAAAUCCGAUCAAUCUCAUUGACUUAAAUGAGAAUUUUGGAGUUGCAACCAAACCGUUGAAGUUUUACAACUCGGAGGUGCAUUCAGCAGCCUUUUGUUUGCCAUCAUUUGCAAAGAAAGGGAAAGGAUUGAGAAGCAACUAAGGAUAUAAAAAAUCAUUUGGUGAGGGAUUUAGUGGUAAUUUAAAGUGAAGGAAAAAUGAUAGAUUAGAUUGAGAUUCAAUUUGUGUGUGUUUUUGUGUGCAACCCAUAACUUGGACAUUUCACCAACAUAUCACAAUCUUUUCAAUUUUCCACUUCCUUUGAUCAUCAAUUUCUCUCUUUAUUCAUCUUUUUUUUUUUUUUUUUUUUUGUUAAUGUCUUAAUUAUCAGUACUCUUAUAUAUGGUUUUUCAUUUGCUAUUGGGCUUGGCUUUGAAGUUCUCUUCAAAAUAAGUAUAGGUUAAUUUCCCCAUCCAUCGUUUUUCUAUAUUUUGAAGAUAUCUUGUAAAUC